AGCUCGUCCACAAAAAUUUAUAAUCAAGAUCGGAUUUUGAGUCUAAUCGGAGGAAAAGAUGGAUAUAAUAUCUCAGUUGCAAGAGCAGGUCAACACCGUCGCAUCACUCGCCUUCAACACAUUUGGCACGCUUCAAAGGGACGCGCCGCCGGUUCAGCUUUCGCCUAAUUACCCGGAGCCUCCCGCUAAUCCCCCUGUCGACGACUCCGUUAAUCUCGCCGAACAGCCAAAGCUUUUUAGCGCUGAAUUGGUCAAAGCAGCCAAACAGUUUGAUGCUUUGGUUGCUGCACUUCCAUUAGCUGAGGGUGGUGAAGAAGCUCAGCUACAAAGAAUAGCAGAACUCCAGGCUGAAAAUGAUGACAUUGGGCAGGAGCUUCAAAAGCAACUGGAAGCUGCAGAAAAGGAGCUUAGGCAAGUCCAGGAGUUGUAUGGCCAAGCAGUGGAUAACUGCUUGAACUUAAAGAAGCCAGACUGAAGAAAAAGGGUAGUGGUAUUUUAUUGAGGAUA